CACACAAGAUAAACUUUGAAAUAUUUGAAAGCAACUGGUUUGUUGUUGUUACCAUGCUGUAAAUAUAUACGUGGUUUUGGGACCUCAGUCAUUCAUCUCCGAGAGCUUGGGUUUUAUCUUUUUGUCACUAUCCGUGGUGCUGAAAGCACAAUUCGGAUUAUAUUUUAUAUCCAAAUCACAGGACAAAUAUCGUCAUGAAUAAGAACUUUAUGUAGAUUCAAAGUAUUCACAACAUGUCAGUCUGCAUAUUGAGUCACAGCCUUGGCAAUAGUUAUCAUAGAAAGUGUCAAUGAUAUAUCAGUGAUACAUUAUAAUAUGUGUUCAGAGUAACUCUCAUUUUUAUGAUACAUGUUUAAAAGCACAAUUUCUAGUUUGAUUCCAGCAAAAAAUAUAUUUUACAAUAUGAUCUGUGUACAAUAUUGAUAUUUUCAGUGGAGCCGAAUCAUUUUUAUAUAUCAUAUUGGAUUAAUAUGAACAUAUUUUUAUAUUUCCUUUAUUCAUAUAAUAACUCAUAUCAUUACGAAAAGGAAGAAGCGUACAUGUUUACAGUUUGUAGAGUCCUUGUGACAUCAUGCACUGGAAUGCCCUUAUUCAGAUGAAAAGUCUGGACGGGACUUCCUAACAUAGAAAUAUUGCGGUCUUGAAUGUAGUACUGGCAAAAGAACACGUGAGGACAGUGUAGACCAUCACAUUUGACUUCGUCUCUGAUGGACCGCGGCUCCUCCCAGAUUCACAUGAUGUUUCUCAGUCGAUGUAGACAAAGAGAGUCAGAGGACGAAAGAGAAGAGAAUGGUACGACGAUCACUCCCCUGUUGCGGACUUACAUGAUAAAAACGUUGCACUCCGGUUACUUUGAAGAUUUGUUUUUAAACAACGUCAUUCAUCAAAAGUAUUUUAUGCAUUUUUUUCUCCGGGCGUGUGGAAUUAUGACUGAACAAGGCAAAACUAUCUCUGUGUGGAUAUAUCUCGUCGUAUUGCUACUGGAUUGUUGCUGGGAAUCGGCGCUAGGGCAGCUCUCUUACUCCGUCUCAGAGGAGGUAAAUCUGGGGACUGUUGUCGGAAAUAUCGCCAAAGAUCUCAACAUCAAUGUACAGGACCUGGAGCCCCGCAUGUUUCAGAUCGUUGCUGGAUCAAAGAGAAAAUAUUUCGAGGUAAAUCUCAAGACCGGAGUCCUCUACGUUAGUGAGAGAAUAGAUCGAGAGGAACUCUGCGGCGAUGAAGCAAAAUGUUCCCUCAGCCUCGAAGCAGUAAUUAAUAAUCCGCUGAAACUGUACCGUAUUGAAAUAAUAAUCCUAGAUGUGAAUGAUAAUGCCCCAUCAUUUCUUAGCACGUCGCGAUUAAUGAACAUUGGUGAGAAUACAGCGGCAGGCGCAAAAUUUCCCCUAGAUCCUGCAGAUGAUGCAGACGUCGGUAAAAAUACUGUUAAUACCUAUAAGCUUAGUCAAAAUGAACAUUUUUCUCUGGUUACACAUAAAGGAGAGAGUAUAACCCCCGAAUUGGUCCUUCAGAAAGUUUUAGACAGAGAAAAACAGUCAGUGAUUCAACUAACACUUACUGCUAUUGACGGAGGAACACCAGCUAAAUCAGGCAGCAUGUCGAUAACAGUAAAUGUGUUGGAUAUUAAUGACAACGCACCUGUAUUCAGUCAAACGCUGUACAAAGCCAGUAUAUAUGAGAAUGCAAAGAUAGGUACAUCAAUAAUCACAUUAAAUGCAAGUGAUUUAGACGCAGGUCAAAAUGGACAGGUAUCAUAUUCAUUUAGUAACUUAGGUCGAGGAAAACAAACUGAUCUGUUUGCUAUAGAUGAAAAAACUGGGACAGUAACGAAUAAAAAGAAUAUCGACUUUGAAGAGAACAAUGCUUUUGAGAUCAGAGUACAAGCCAGUGAUGGAGCUUUGUCUCCCCUCACCUCACAUGCAAAGUUAUUGAUUGAAGUUUUAGACGUUAAUGACAAUAAACCUGAAAUUUCAGUGACAUCUCUGUUGAACACUGUGAAAGAAGAUGCAUCCCUUGGCACCGCAAUUGCUCUUGUUUCAGUGUCUGAUAAAGAUGGAGGAAAAAAUGGACUGGUGAACUGUAAGAUUUCUAAUAAUGUUCCUUUUAAAUUAGAGUCAAAUUAUAAGAAUUACUACUCGUUGAUUGUUGACGGUCCACUCGACAGAGAGAGUUCACCUCAAUACAACAUUAGUAUCACUGCUACAGAUGAGGGAAGUCCGCCUCUAUCCAGCAACAGCAUUAUUAAUGUACACGUCUCUGAUGUGAAUGAUAACAAACCUCUAUUUACAGAAGAGGUCGUUAAUGUCUAUGUGAAAGAAAAUAGUCCAGUAGGAGCAGUUAUAAAAACUGUGUCAGCACUGGAUGCAGAUAUUGAUCAAAAUGGUCAGGUGAGCUAUUCAUUUUUACAAAAUAAUAGUAACUCAUUGCCACUUUCUACAAUGAUUAACAUCAACUCAGAGACUGGAGAAAUCGUCGGCCUUCAGUCUUUUAAUUAUGAGGAGUUAAAAACGUUUCAGUUCAAAGUUCAGGCCACAGACUCAGGUGUUCCUCCGCUCAGUAGCAACGUGACUGUAAAUGUUUUAAUCCUGGAUGAAAAUGACAAUAGCCCCUCGAUUCUUGCACCUUAUUCUGAGCACGGCUCCAUUAACAGUGAGAGCAUACCCUACUCUGCUGAAGCUGGAUACUUUGUAGCUAAGAUCAGGGCUGUGGACGCAGACGCUGGAUACAACGCUCUGCUUUCUUAUCACCUGUCUGAACCCAAAGGAAACAACCUGUUCAGGAUUGGAACCAGCACCGGGGAGAUCAGGACUAAGAGGAGAAUGAGUGACAAUGAUCUGAAAACUCACCCCUUGGUGGUGCUGGUCUCUGAUAGUGGAGAACCCUCCCUGUCAGCUACUGUGUCUAUUGAAGUGGUGGUGGUUGAAAGCACUACUGACAUCCAGACUCAGUUCAGACAUGUGCCUAUAAAGGAGGACAACUUCUCUGACUUGAACCUGUAUCUGCUCAUCGCCAUUGUCUCAGUGUCAGUGAUCUUUCUGCUGAGCCUCAUCAGUUUAAUUGCUGUCAAAUGCCACAGGACAGACAGUUUCAGCAGGUACAGCGCCCCCAUGAUCACCACCCACCCUGACGGGAGCUGGUCUUACUCUAAAUCUACUCAGCAGUACGACGUGUGUUUCAGCUCAGACACACUGAAGAGUGAUGUAGUGGUUUUCCCUGCACCAUUUCCACCUGUAGAUGGUGAGCUGAUCAGUAUUAACGAAGGAGACACUUUUACCAGGACACAGACUUUACCCAACAAAGAAAAGGUAGGGUAUUUUUGCUUGAUGUUCAUGAAAUACAACAUUGCUAGAUAAUGCAAGUGUCAACUUUUGAGGCAGUUUUAUCCAUUCAAAUUGUGUUGCUGUCCGUGGUGCUGAAGAAGAGAACAUAGUGGAUCAGCACUUAGUAGUGGAGCUGCACUGAAAUCUGUGCAUAGAAAGCACAAAUUAAA